UUUGGAAUAGUUCGAAUCGAUCUAUCAUUUAAAUUACAAUUUUACCUUCGACAGCAGGAAAAUAAAUAAGAAAUGGCAACGAAGGAGAGAAUGAUAAAUUUCGUUAGCGAGGCGCAGUACCAGGCGUUAGUGGCACGCUACGUCGCCUUCGUUGAUGCCAUGGGUGACCCAGCGCAGCCCGUAGUACGAGUCAACGAGCGCCUCAGCCCCCGGCAUCUGCAGGAGCUGCAGCUUGUUAGAGAGAUCAGCGAAGAGCUGCAGAAAAAGAAACAUGAUGAUAUGAAGAAAGCGGCAGCGAAAGCAGCGAAUAUCAACUAAAUGUCAGCUUAAGAAACAGCAGCGAUGGAAGAAAAUCAGAAACAAAGUAAUACAGAAUUUAACGUUUUUUAACUAU